AUGGCUCUCAACCGAGUUCCUGAGGUGGUACCUGACUGCUGGAGAAGGGAAGACGUCUAUGGUAUGCCGUGUCCGUGGAGACGAAGUGCAAGGUUUGGUUCUGCUGAGGACAGCAGUAUCCACAGCAGAUUGCCAGGGUAUAGCAAGUCAGAGCUCUCGACCUCUGCCUCCUCACCCACACUGGAGGCCUGUGGAUGCCAUAGGCCAGUGAUUGGUGCAAAGUUGGAGUGCUUAUGCUAUCUAAGUUCCAACUCUGUUCUAACUUAUUGUGGCUUAUUCCAGAGGGAGUGUCUCUCCAUUCACCUUGGUCAAGCUGGUGUCCAAAUCGGGGACACAUGCUGGGAACUGUAUUGCCUGGAACAUGGGAUCCAGCCAGAUGGCUUUAUUCUGGACAGCCAACAUGAUCAUUUGGAAAAUCCUAAAGUGGAACAUAGGAAUACAUCUUUAGAUACCUUCUUUCAUGAGACAAAAACUGGAAAGCAUGUGCCCAGAACGCUUUUCAUGGACCUAGAACCAACUGUUAUAGAUGGGAUCCGCGUGGGGAAGUACCACUCACUCUUUCACCCAGAACAACUUGUGAAUGGGAAGGAGGGUGCUGCCAACAACUAUGCAAGAGGUCGAUAUUCUGCAGAACAAUGCAGUGGUCUUCAGGGAUUUUUGAUUUACCGCAGUUUUGGAGGAGGCACAGGGUCGGGAUUUACAUCUCUCUUGAUGGAGCGACUCUCUGUAGAGUAUGGCAAGAAGACAAAAUUGGAGUUCUCUGUCUAUCCAUCCCCUAGAAUCUCCUCUGCUGUGGUAGAACCAUACAAUGCCGUCCUUACCACCCACUCCACCAUAGAAUACUCAGACUGUGUCUUCAUGGUGGACAAUGAGGCUUUGUACAACAUCUGUCACCACAAACUUGGUGUUGAACGUCCUUCCUAUGCUAGUGUCAAUAGGCUGAUUGCUCAGGUGUUGUCUUCCAUUACUGCUUCCCUGCGUUUUGAAGGACCUCUGAAUGUGGACUUAAUCGAAUUGCAGACCAACCUCGUACCUUAUCCACGAAUACAUUUCCCUAUCACAACCCUUGCCCCCAUCAUCUCCGCUGAAAAGGCGUACCAAGAGAGGCUCUCCGUGUCUGACAUCACUGCUUCCUGCUUUGAGCUCUCCAACCAGCUGGUCAAGUGUGAUCCCAGGCUUGGGAAGUACAUGGCUUGCUGCUUAAUGUACAGAGGAGAUGUGGUCCCUAAGGAUGUAAACGAAGCAAUUGCAGCCAUGAAAUCUAGGACCUCUGUUCAGUUUGUUGAUUGGUGUCCAACUGGUUUCAAGGUGGGCAUCAAUUAUCAGCCACCUACCAUGGUGCCAGGAGGGGAUCUAGCCAGGGUUCAGCGCACUGUGUGUAUGCUGAGCAACACCACGGCAAUUGUGGAAGCCUGGGCCCACCUGAACCACAAAUUUGACCUCAUGUAUGCCAAGAAGGCAUUUGUGCACUGGUAUAUCACAGAAGGCAUGGAGCUUGGGGAGUUUGUAGAGGCCAGGGAAGAUCUGGCUGCUCUAGAAAAGGAUUACGAAGAAGUGGGUCUGAGUUUCUGA